AUGGCUUCCGCUAAGGUUGACGCUGUCGUCGAGAAGGCCAAGGCCAACGCCCCCGGCCAGCUUUCCGGCGUUGCCCUCUACUCCAGAUUCGCCCUUGCCGGCGCUGUCUGCUGCUCCGUCACCCACGGUGCCCUCACCCCCGUUGAUGUCGUCAAGACCAGAAUCCAGCUUGACCCCGCCACCUACAACCGCGGUCUGAUCGGUGGCUUCCGCCAGGUCAUCCAGCAGGAGGGUGCCGGCGCCCUGCUUACCGGUGUCGGCCCGACCUUCGCUGGUUACUUCCUCCAGGGUGCUCUGAAGUUCGGUGGAUACGAGUUCUUCAAGCAGCAGUCCAUCAACCUCAUCGGCUACGAGAAUGCCUCCAACUACCGCACCGGUGUUUACCUGGCUUCCUCCGCCGCCGCCGAGUUCUUCGCUGAUAUCGCCCUCUGCCCCCUCGAGGCCACCCGUAUCCGUCUCGUCUCUGAGCCCACCUAUGCUUCCGGUCUCGUCUCCGGCUUCAGCAAGAUGCUCUCCAACGAGGGUGUCGGUGCCUUCUACGCCGGAUUCGGCCCCAUUCUGUUCAAGCAGAUCCCUUACACUAUGUCCAAGUUCGUCGUCUACGAGAAGGUCGCCGAGGCCAUCUACAGCGCGUACCCCAAGAAGGACAUGUCCGACGGCGCCCAGACCUUUGUCAACCUUGGCUCUGGUCUGAUUGCCGGUUUCGCCGCCGCCAUCGUCUCCCAGCCCGCCGACACCAUGCUCUCCAAGAUCAACAAGACCAAGGGUGAGCCCGGUGAGGGCACCACCUCCCGUCUCAUCAAGAUCGGAAAGGAGCUCGGUAUCCGCGGCUCCUACGCCGGUAUCGGUGCCCGUCUUUUCAUGGUCGGUACCCUCACUGCCUUCCAGUUCGGUAUCUACGGUGACCUGAAGAAGGCCCUCGGCGCCACCGGCGGUGUCGAGAUCUCUGCUGCCAAAUAA